AUGGCCGACGAAACCCCCGCAUAUAUCUUGGGCGCCCUCACCUCAGUUGGUGGAGUGACAGGCUACGUCCGCACAGGAUCAGUUCCCAGCAUCGCCGCCGGUCUGACCGUUGGAGCACUGGUAAGAGAGAAAGCUCUACUCAAGGGGUAUCUUUAUCGAAACCUCGUCGGUACUGACUGUUACUUUCAGUAUAUCCUCGGUGGUUACCGCAUCGCCAAACGACAAACAUAUGGCGUCGAGCUUGCCCUCCUCGCAUCAGUCGUCCUAGCUGGCAGCAGCAUUCCCCGAGCAAUCAAGACCGGCAAGCCUCUUCCCGCAGGCCUCAGCGCUCUCGCCGCCACUGGUCUAUUCAUCUACGGUCGCGCGUUCCUGGCAAAAGCAUGA